GUGAUCGUCUCGUACUCCAUGGUCUAUUUAACGAAAGUGGUAUUAAAUAUUAUUACCCUAUUGCUGAAGCGACUAUUCCAUUUCGUAAUGAAUCAAUUGAUGAAAUUGAAGAAUCUGUUCAUAUGCUAAUGAUAAUGCGUGUAUAUUUAGUGUGUGAAUUUGUAGAAGGUUUAUUACAAGAAUUUACCUCACAUAAUAAUCAAUGUUGGGAAUCUAUAGAAAUGGCCAAUCCCGCAUCCAUAUCUGAAAGUCUUCAGAAGGUUGCAUAUCAAGCAAGUGUUGCAAGAAAAAAUUCGAUAAAUACAAAACGCAAAGUAAUUUUAUCUUGGGGUCGCUACUCUGAAAGAUUUGAAGAUAAAGUCAUAGAGCUUAGAUCUGAGAAUAAAAAUCCUACAGGUAAGACUGCAAGAAACAGGAUUUAUAACGAGAUGAAACCAUAUCCUCCAGGCAUUUCUGGUGAAUAUUUACGUGUAAUGACCUGUAAAGCAAGAAAGAUUAAUAAGUUAUUUGGAUAUGAAUAUGACCUUUCAACUUUGAAAAAGAUUAAUGAUUUGAAAUCACCUGAAACGACUACAGAGGAAUCAACCGAGAUACAA